CAAUUUCUCACCAUCAUUCAUACUAUAUAAAUGGCGACUUGUGAAUGAUCAGAGACGGGCCUCUGCAAGAUCAGUUGUGUAAAAAUGAGGAUCCUUGUAACAGUGUGUAUUGUGCUCGCAGUCUCAGUGGCACUGUCCAGUGCUGUCUGUACACAGGGUAAAUUAAACCUAAACUUUAAAACAAGAACUAAAGGGUGUAUGCAUAAGGGUACAUUUCAUAAAAUUGAUACCAAGUGGACUGUCAAAUGUGAAGAGUGCGAGUGUUCGGAGAGUGGGCUGUACUGUUGCACCAGUGCUCCUAUGCCAUCUGGCUAUGACAAAGAGGCAUGUAACAUGAUGCUUGAUAAGGAAUCAUGUACAUACAAAGUGACCAGAAAAGAUGACCCAUCCAUUCCAUGCGAGUACAAAUCAAUGAAAGGGUAAAAGAUCCGACUGUGGAGCUUCAAUACAUCAGAAGACAUUGCACACCUACAUAUCAACUACAAUACAAAACUAGCAUUUAGCAUUUCCUGACAAAAAUCACUUGCCUUGCAAUAAAUAAUACAUUUUCAUUCUUGUUCUUCUUAACCAUGUGCAGUACUGUAAAGGUGCAAUGGUAUGCUUCAACACAUAACACUGUAAUAACACAUAUUUUAAAAUGAUCUCUGAAGCUGCUACUUGUAUUUUUCAACUUGUAUUUUCUGUAGUGAAUACAUUAAUAUAAAGUUAUGGCAACAACA